AUUGCUUCCAAAUAAAGUCGCUAGGAACAGCGGAUAUCCCAAAAAGUAAACAAAAGUAAAAGUCUAAUAUCUUGAAAACCGGUGAAUAUUUUUCGGUGAAAUUUGGUAGAUAUUCGUUUUCGCUCUUUCUGAACCGAGCAACAUCACUUUCAUGCCAAUUCAUAAACUUUUUUGAAGGUGGGAGGGUCCCUUUAAGUUUCUCAUAAAUUCUCAUAGAAGAGAUGUAUUGAAUAGAGUUGGAGCCCAUGCUAAGCCGAUCUUGUGCAGGCCCCCACAGUCCCUACUGUCUGAUCGCGCAUUUGCGGGUAUCUGGAUAAUUUGGACGCCAGAGUUUAGGGUGCACAUGAAGACCGGACGUGGUUCCUUCUAUUGCCUCGAUUUCAACUGGCUGUGACUGCUUCUAUCCUGGAGGAUGUCGUCUUCGCGGAAAGAGCACCUGGACGUGACGGCCGGCCAGUUCCGACACGACCUGGUCAGCGGCGCGGAGGUCGUCGACAAGAGGCUCAUCUCGCCGACCGUCUACGGCCUGACGCUCAAGGUUGAAGACCCGAAUUUCGGAUUUCAUGCCGGCCAGUGGGUGGAUUUCUGCAUCCCCGGCACGAAUCUGGUGGGCGGCUACAGCAUGUGUUCGGCCCCUGACCAGCUGCGAAUGGAGGGGACCCUGGAGCUGGCCGUCAAACGCUCCUCGUGGCCGCCGGCCGUCUGGAUCCACCAGCAGUGCCGGGUGGGCAGUCGGGUGACCCUGAAGGCCGGCGGGAACUUCUUCUUCCACCCGGCGCCCCAGGAUCCGGCCCGGCCGCUGCUGCUGGUGGCCGGGGGCGUCGGUAUUAACCCGCUGGUGUCGAUCCUGCGCCACUGCCGCCACCUGCGCGCCGAGUCUCGCCGCACCGGCGCCGGAUACGUGCCGCGGCCGGUGGAGCUGCUCUACAGCGCGCGCAGCCGCCACGAGCUCAUCUUCCGGGACACCAUAGCGAGGAUGGCCGACGAGGGUUUGGUAACGGCCAACCUAUUCGUCACGGGAAAUGGCGUGCCUGUUGAUGAUACCUCCUGCCAUAACCGGCGCGUGUCCAGCUCGGACGUGGAGUCGGCCGUGGCCCGGCUGGGCGGCGCCCCGCUCUGUUACCUGUGCGGGCCCAGCGCCAUGGUGGAGGCCGUCGAGGGGUGUCUGCUCGGCCGGCUCCGGCUGAACACUGCCGACGUCCGGUUCGAGCGCUGGUGGUGAGCCCCCGGUCAGUCCGCCGGGGCGCCAACCCCGCACGGUCAGUCCGCCGGGGCGCCAACCCCGCACGGUCAGUCCGCCGGGGCGCCAACCCCACACGGUCGGUCCGCCGGGGCGCCAACCCCGCACGGUCAGUCCGCCGGGGCGCCAACCCCGCACGGUCAGUCCGCCCGGGGUGCCCACUCUGCGGCACUCGGUGGCCGGGGGGGGGGGGGGGUGAUGGUGAUGUGGGGCGCUGCUCCGCUGUGCAAUGCAACGAGUCAAGUGAUGUGAGACUUCUUUGAAUGAUAGAAUGUAGAUUGUUAAAUGUGUAUUGAAGGCACGGCAUAGCUGUUGUUUGUAUGAGUUUUUUUUUAGGUUGACGGUAUAGCUUAUGUAUCAUUCACAACGAUUUAAUAAAAGGAAAGCAAACAGAA